UGUGAUACAAUAAAUCUCGAUGGUAGCUCAAUUGUACCAAGCGUAGAAAAAUCGACCUAUACACAUGCUCAGAAGAUGCGAGCAGCUGCAACGUUUGGGUUUGGGCGGAUUCACGGCUUAGGAAUGCAGGCCUGGCACAGCAGUGAAAUUACGGGCAAGAUGCUUGGCAAUCCAUCUGUUUCUGAGAUUGUUUCCACUUAUAUGCUCAGCCUUCGUCGACGAAAA